AUGUUAAUUCCAGAGCUCAGACGAACCUACCCAGAAGUAUUCGAACCUCUGAGUACCACACCUAACAGUUUGGCUCUUCUAGAGAUCAACAGGGAAAGCGAUGUCCAUAAGCUCACUGACAAUUGCCAAUUUUUCAUUUAUGUCACCAGUGAAUACUCUACGCUCAUGGACAAUCUUCCUCGCCAUGUUCAGAAGAAGAUAAUGCUUACUAUCAUCGACAACACCGAGUUCACACCACAUUCUGCCGAACUGACGCCCGUAACCUUCGAGAGGUCAAAUUCCGUAACUCACCACUCGAUCAAAAUUAAUUCCAGAAAGGCUUUUGCAGGCAUUGAGUUGUUCCUCAAAGAAGACACCAAAGCAGCAUCAGAGUACUUCGACGCAUUACAAGAAAGCAACAUUAUUGAAGUCAGAAAGUUUCUACUGUGGUAUUUACGUACCGAGAACUUGACCUCGUGGAUGUUCCAUGUCAUUUGUACUGAAAUCGCCAGGAAUACAUUGUCAGAAACAAAAAUCAAUCAAAUCUAUGACGACCUCAAGCUCAACAGUUUGGUUGAGUGCAGUGCAUCUAUGCAUGAAGAGCUCCAAAAGACCUUAAUUCCCAAAACGAAUGAGUUUUUUGAUAAGAAGCUCAGGUGGUACAUGUUGUAUUGGAGGAACGACAAUGUGGAGUACUGGCUUAAAGACUUUUUCCAGGCCAACUUUAUGUCUAAAAGUAUAGAGAGCUACAAUUAUGUUCGUGGUCAACUCACUGCUAGGCUUCAAGAACAAAAGUUUGCAGCAUACUCUGAUAAGACUGGCGUUUUGAAUCCAUUGAAAGCAUUUAAGAGGACGCUAGUGAACGAGCGUAUUGCCAACGAAAUCCAGCCAGUGGUAUACAGCUGCCUCGCUUUAGGCUUUAUAUACUACCAGCUUCCCUUAACAGUUUUGUCAGUUUUGGGAUACUUAUUUGUUGGUCUUGAAGCCAAUACAGCUUUUGCGAUUGGCUUAUUGGGAUGGGUUUUAGGAUUCAAUCAUGUUUCCCGAGAAUGGGACAACUUCACGAAAAACUGGAGGAAGAAUUUCUUCGAAGAGGUCAGAAUCGUUAUCAGUAAAGGAUGUGUCGAUGACGGCUUAUUGAAGGAAUUGGACUCGAGAUACGAAGAGAGUCGGAUGUUGGCGAUGAUAAAGCAACAGGUUCUCGAUUCUCUUCAAAAAUAUAAAUAG